AUGGCUUCACCUGCCCCGGACAAGCCGUCCCUAGAGCCCAAGGCGCAACCCGUUCCAUCUGCAGACACGAUGGCUUUGGAUACAAACAUCAACGGUGCUUCAAAUGACCUUGACACUCUUUUUGAUGACGCCGCUGCGCCGCCCUUCUCCGUUGACUUCCCCGCCGACGCGCACCCCCAAGACGCGACCGCGACCAACGGCGACAACGCUGCUCUUGACGCGACCGCUGCCAACGGUGACCUGUCUGCGCCCGACGCCUUUGCCGCCCCCGUGACCGACAUCGAGAGCGGCAUUGCGCCCGUCGCGCCGUUUCUCGAAAACGCGCCACAAGACACGCAACCGAACCCCGACCCGCCCGCCAACCUUGCGCCCACGGCCCUUCCUCCAUCCGUAGAACCUGCGACUUCGGAUCUCCGCGACGAACCUGAGCCGACAAAGGCAGCUUCAGAGAUGGAUUCUGCUUUGUCGCCCACUCAGCCGGAUAACGCGUUGGAAACCGCGCAGGACACAGUGCCGGAGAUGGCGCCGGAGAUGGCGCCGGAGAUGGCGCCGGAGAUGGCGCCGCAAGACGCGUCGCAAGAUGCGCUAGCUCAACCCGCCGAAACCAACACCUCCGAGGGCAAGGUUGAUGACAAGACAGACACUCCUGCGGCCACGGAAUUUCAAGACCUGGUAGCGGAAGCGUCUGCGGCCGCCGACGUAUCAAAGUCAGACGAACCUACUGAGGCGGUCCCACCCGUACCUGCUGCAGACACAGCGCUGGAGCCACCCCCCACUGCUGGCCAAGAUGCGACUGACAUCGCGACUGCGACCGCGCCCGUUACUGGUGACCAAGAGAUGCGGGAUGCGCCAUCUCAGAACAAGGUGCGCGCGCGAGAGGAAGAUGAGGAUGAGAUUCCAUUGGCAAAGCGUGCGAAGACGGGUUCGGCGGAGCCUGGAUCUGUUUCAACAGCCAAGCCUGAAGCACCCACGUCCGGCAUGGCCAACGGUGUCACAUCUGGGCCUGCGCCUGCGCCUUCGACAGAUGUUUCAACUCAAGCUUUCGCGCCCUCGCCCAACGCGCCUCCAAAGAGGAAGUACGAUUCGGAGCCAUUGACCCAAGCGCAGUCCAAGUUCCUACUCGAACGUCUCCGUGGUGCGAAGAAGACAAAGUCUGCGACUCCAUUUUUGGCUCCCGUCGAUCCAGUUUUGCUCAACAUUCCUCUUUACCCUCAAAUUAUCAAGAAGCCAAUGGAUUUGAGCACAAUGGAAACAAAGUUGAAGCAUCACGAGUAUCAGUCUGUGGACCACUUCAUGAGCGAUUUCUAUCUCAUGAUCGAUAACUGUAUCUUGUUCAACGGCCCAGCCCAUCCGAUUGCGCCUGCCGCAUGGAACUUGCAAGUGUGGUUUGAGCGCGGGAUGCAUACGAUGCCGAGACGCGAUGCUUCAUCUGAACACGUCAAAAAGGCGAAGAAGCCAACAGUCUCAACCGGCAACAAGCAACAACGGCGGGAGUCCAAGGUCAACAUGCCGCCUGCACACUCUCCCACGAACGCUUCUGGGUCCACGUUUGCCCUUCAAGCCGAUGGCACUCCGCUUAUUCGUCGCGAUUCAUACGCGGGCGACGGGCGCCCGAAGCGGGAGAUCCACCGUCCGCCACCAAAGGACCUGCCGUACUCGAACCCCAGGCCGAAGAACAAGAGGUCCCAACUCGAGUUGAAGUUUGCGAGCGGAGUGGUGGCCGAGAUGAACAAGAGCAAGUACAUGGGUUUCUCGUAUCCCUUCUUGAAUCCUGUGGAUCCCGUCGCUCUCAACAUUCCGACGUAUCUUAAGAUCAUCAAGAAGCCCAUGGACCUGGGCACCAUCUCAAGCCGGCUCCGGGAUGGUCAAUACAGCAGUGCCAAGGAGGUCAAGGCGGAUAUCGAACUCAUGUUUGCAAACUGCUACAAAUUCAACCCCGAGCAGGACGAUGUUCACAAGAUGGGCAAGAUGUUGGAGGAGGUUUACAAGAAGUCCUGGGCAGGCAAGCAAGCCUGGAUGGAGGAACAUGCCCCUCCAUCAGAACCAGGAUCUCCCAUGUCCUCUGACGGGGAAGAGGACGAGGUUAGUAAUGAUGAUGAUGAAGAAGAAGCUAUCCGGGAGCGUCAAGCACAGAUUGCCCAGCAGAUUAUGCAAUUAACCCAGGAGCAGUUAGCUUUGCAGUCUAAGAAGAAGGCGUCUCCCAAAUUCGCCGGUAAAAAGUCGAAGAUGGCGAAGACGGCAAGCAAGCCCAAGAAGCAGACAAAGCCUGCCGCCCCAAUCAAGCAAAAGAAGAAGUUGCGUCCGAUUUCUUUCGAUGAGAAGCGUCUCAUUUCAGAGACGAUUGGCAACCUGGACGAAGCCCAGAUGGCCAAGGCUGUCCAGCUCAUCCGUAACGGAGUUCCUGAGCUUCAGGGCCUGAACGACGAUGAACUUGAGCUGGACAUUGACACUAUCCCCAACGAAGUCUUGCACGACCUGCUCAAGUACAUCAAGACGAUUGCGCCAGCCAACCCGGCGGUAGCGACUUACGAUGAUGAUUACGAACCGCCCUCGCGCGCGAAGAACGUCGCGACUCAGCCAAGGAAGAAUAAGCCCAUGGGUAAGUUCGAGCAGGAGGCCGCCAUUGCGGACAUCAGGAAGCAGCUUCAGGGCUUCACCAACAAAGGCUCUUCCUCCGACCAUUCCCCCGAGCCCGUUGCCCAACACAAGGAAGAAUCGAGCGAAGAUGAAUCGAGCGCUUCUGAAAGCGAAGAAGAGUAG